UUUCAGAAAUAUUUUUUCGUACUCUACAAUUCAGAAAUAGCAGGGGAAGCCCACUGCUUUCCAUUUUCUUGAAACCAGAAAAUAGAGUUUGAGGGUGGUCGUUCGCCACGACUUGACCUCCUUCGCCAACGAAAUGUAAUCGCCAAUUAUGCAUAACCCAUAGGCUGAUCUGAUCAGGAAAGAAGAUUAUUGCUAGUGGCCUUUGCCAGAAAUCAGGCUAUCGUCAAGCACAAGCCACUACCGGCGAUAAUACAACCAUAGCAAUUCAAGAUAAGCAGAUCCGAUUUUAAGCACCUCCGAUCGAUGAAAUCGAUUUACUUCUCCCCCUCCGAUUCCAACUUGCAUCGCUGACAUCGAUUUGGAUCUCGAUCUUCUCCGACUCCGACUCGGGAUCCUCCACGCUGCUCUACUUUAAGCCCGGCCGGACGAUCGUCGGCGGGAGGAGAGGCCGCAGCCAUGGCUACCGCCUUCCCCUACAGCUUUACAAGAACCAAACACCUCACUCUCAGCCCGCCCAGCAGCCACGGCGGGGAUGCGGCCGAUCACCGGCCUCUUCCAUGGAUCCUCCUCGACGUCCGCGCCUACAUCGCCGACCGCCGGAACUCCACCACCGCCACCAUCGUCCUCAGCAACGGCCGCAAAAUCCAGAUCACAUUCUGCAUCGCGCCGCCGCCGCUCGUCUCCUACAUCUGCGCCUGGUCCCCUACCACCGACCCCGCCGUGUUCUUCGCCAAGGAGCCCGCCGUCGGGUUCGUCGACGCCGACGUCGUCUUCCUCCGCGUCCAUAGUGAUCAAAUCUACGACCUCAUCUACCAUGCCAGCUCUCGCCCAUCGCUCAAGCUCAUCCACAACCCAUACAACCCCUACAACCCAUACCAUUACCUUCGUCGUAUCGACAACGUUGUCGUCCUCCCCGACCGCCGCCGCCAUGCUGCCGGCGCUGAUGACGACGAUCAUGAUGGCAGCGGCCGCUUCUACGUUAGCUCGCUCGAUCGGGAUCGCCGCUUCGAUCUUGGCCACUUCAAGCUCUGCCUCUACGACGAAGACGAUUCCAUGGACUGCAAAUGGAGCAACACCAUCCUUCUUCUUGACCAACUUCGCAACGCGCCAGACAAAGAUACCGUUCUCCAUUUAACGGAGAAGGUGUUCAUCCUGGAUGAUGAACAACCACUAGUGGCCUUUGUUGAUCUCUGGCGGGGCAUCGUCAUCUGCAACGUGCUCGACAACAGCACACCAGUGGGAGGCAGCUACAUGCCGCUGCCACCGGAGCUCAUCGAUGCCCGCAGGACCUACAAUUCAUCUGUUUGCCGUAACAUUGCUAUCGUCAAUGGUCGUCUCACCGUUGUCAGACUGAGUCUUUACCUCCUCGAUUCAGAUGAUGACGAUUCGGACGAUGACGAUUACUGCACUUGGGAUCUGACCACAUGGAGCAAGCCAGUCAGUUCUUGUUUGGACGAUGAAUGGCGUGAGGACUUCAUGAUCGAGUCCAGUGACGUCUCGAUUGACAACAGCACUCGGAACGCCUGCCUCCUGCCCAAGCUGGAUGAUGGUUGCCCGACAACGGAUACGCUCCAGUUAGCUCAUCCAACACUCAGCUUGAUGGACGCCCACAUUGUUUACAUCAUGGGCAAGGUUGACGUCUCCGAUGAGAAGGCACUGGUGCUCACCGUUGACAUGGCAAACAAGAGGCUACAAGAGGUAUCUGUGUAUGACGCCGAAAGAAUUGUCAACGAUUUUGAUUACGCCUACACGCACUCUACCAUUUCCCAAUAUUUCACUACAGCAGCUGCAGGUUUAAAGCGAAACCUGAAGCGACCUUUGAAGUUCCAUAUACAAUAUCCUCACAAGCGGCAGGGUGGACCUGGUUCGAAAAUUAGAGAUGAAACUGAAGAUGGGAAUAAUCCUAUGGAGUUGGAUUAAUUAGUAUACGAAUUGCGAUACAACCAACCGCAUACGAAUUGUCUGUAUUCAACAACAAAUGGUAGUGCACCAGAGCACCAAUAUAAUCAGAUGAGCGUGCUUAGUGAUUUUCUCAAAUGGAAUUGCAGUUUUUCUACUAGAACUGAGCCACUGAAUAAGCUAAAACCCAUCUUAUUACUAGAGUCAUACAUGGCUUGAACAAUAGGAUUGAGCUGUUGAGGUGGAUAAUUUACAUGGCAUGUAUGAGAGCAACUUUUAACACCACUUCCCAGAGGCCUGCAGCCUUAGUUUUCAGUUCCCACAGGUUGAAACUAUCUCCAAAGUCUUGCUGAUACCAGCAAGGAACUCGAACAUUCAGACUUCAAACAUUCAGGAAAUCAAAUUACAAUGACAAAUGGAUAAGACUGAUUGCUAAUUCUGGGUAAUGAAUUAUAAAAGAACUAGAUUGGCUGUCGAUAUUCCUACUCAAUUUGAAA